AUGGCAACUGCUUCUCUUUUGAUUUCAACAGUGGUGUUUGCCUGUAUAGGCAUUCAAGUGGCGAUCUGUUGUAACACCACAAUAGCUGUCCAGUGUAUGUUGGAUUACUGGCCGCCGGCUGACAUUGGAACUCCAAGAUUUAACGCCGAUCUCAUUCUGAGUAUGGCUAAUGGUAACGGGGUCGCAGCCGAUGUCAUUUGCAGGGAAGCAACAGUGGUACUCGAAGCCGAUGUCUGUCUGCGAGAGGCGCUAGCCAACUGUGAUUCCGCGGCCUUUGAAAAGGUUCAGACAGAAAAUGGCUGGGUAGUGGAGAAACUGACCACGGUGAACCAGCUGGCACAGAUAUCUGUACAAAUUAGGUCCCUCUGCCAAGGAAACCAGUCCCCUGCCAGCGUACCUGUCAACAACAGCACUGCUGGUUGUGAAAAUUUUACCCAAGACGUCACGAGCAUUCAAGCCUGUUUCAGUACCAUAUCUUCCCUGUCCUCUGGGCUCCGUCUUGACAAUGUGACAGCUUCCACUCGCACACAGCUCUGCACUAUACUGUCGGAAGCCGUUACCUGUGGCAACGCCAUUGCCAAUACCACCCGCUGUGAAGCAGUUCACGCACGAUAUCAAAAUCAAAUAUUACCAUCUUUUCAACAAGUUCAACAAUUGUGCAUCGAAGGAGACAUUGAAGCGCUACCUGGGUGUGGAAAUUACAGGCUGGUAACAAGAGAUGUACACGGCUGUUUUAAUAACUUGUCCAGCGUCCUCAGAGGUAUUCGCCUUGACAAUGUCACAGCUGCAGAUCGUACCUAUAUUUGCAGUACACUGUCAGAAGCCGUUACCUGUGGCAACGCCAUUGCCAAUACCUCCCGCUGUGAAGCAGUUCACGCACGAUAUCAAAAUCAAAUAUUACCAUCUUUUCAACAAGUUCAACAAUUGUGCAUUGAAGAAAACAUUGAAGCGCUACCUGGGUGUGAAAAUUACAGGCAGGUAUCAAGAGAUGUACACGGCUGUUUUAAUAACUUGGCCAACGUCCUCAGAGGUACUCGCCUUGACAAUGUCACAACUGCAGAUCGUACCUAUAUUUGCAGCACACUGUCAGAAGCCGUUACCUGUGGCAACGCCAUUGCCAAUACCUCCCGCUGUGAAGCAGUUCACGCCCGAUAUCAAAAUCAAAUUUUACCACCUUUUCAACAAGUUCAACAAUUCUGCAUCGAAGGAGACAUUGAAGCGCUACCUGGGUGUGAACAAUUCACCCAAGAAAUAAGAAAUGUACAUGGCUGUUUUAAUAAUGUGACAUUUGUCCUCAGUGGUAUUCGCCUUGACAACGUCACUGCUGCCGAUCGCACGUAUCUUUGCAGAACUCUAGGAGAGGCAAAGCACUGUGGCCAAGUCAUUGUGAAUUCCUCCCGGUGUGAACAGCUGCAGUCUCAGUAUUACAGCCAAAUUGCUGUCUCCUUGGUGCAGGUAGAACAGUUCUGUACACAGGAACAAGUUGUAGCUCCACCUGGCUGCGAAAAUUUCAACCAAGAGAUUCAGAGCGUGUACGAGUGUUUUAGUGACGUGUCAAGGAUCUUCAAUGCUAUUCGUCUCGACAACGUCACUGCUGAUGUUCGCGUCACACUUUGCACCGCACUAGCAAACGCCAAGAACUGCGGUGAAUUCGUCACCAACGGCUCCCUCUGCCAUGAUCUUAAGACUCAAUAUCACAACCAAAUUCUAACAUCCUUUUCACCAGUUGAACCCUACUGUACACAAGAUGUCAAAGCUCAAGGGCAUGCCGAAGAAUGUGUGAGGUUGACGGAGUGGUUUUUCCAGUGUCUCGCGCCACUAGCCCCAUACUCGGGAAUAGAUCUGUCCCAGAACCCUAACGUGGUUCCUGAACUGUGCAGGCAGUACCCCAUUGUCCAACAAUGUCAAGAGAAUCUGUUUCUCCAAGUUAACCAAAGCUGUCCUCAAGUCGUCACUCAGAGAUUUGACGGAGUUUUGAAUUCACAGAAAACUUUGCAUAAUACCUACUGUGUUCCGCCUACACUUGUAAACUCUAGUCCUAAAACACCAAAGACCAGUGUUAAAUCUGCUUCGUCCACAGCAUCGUCCGCACAGAACACCACACCUGCCACUGCUUCUAACAAGCAGACAUCCAGUGACGCGAGAAAAGUAGCUUCCAUCUGGGCCCCACUUCUUGUCGUACUCAGCUUGCUCCAAACGGCGCCACUGUUGUGAUGGACUUACUGUGAAGAUGACCGUCCGA